AUGAUCGUUUGGCCGGAACAAGCCGUGGUUGGAAAAGGUAUGGGCGACUCGCGACUACUUGAAUUUACGUCAAGCAAACACAGCAAUUCCAAGGCGAUAGAUGUAAGGUUUUGUCAUCUUUCUCCUCUUUCUCUCUCUCUUUCUCUUUCUCUCUCUCUCUCUCUCUCUCUCUCUCUCUCUCUCUCUCUCUACUCAUCUAUUUUAUUUUUUCUUUAUUUCUUUAUCCCUCCCGCUCUUUUAUGUUCAGUUCAUAUCUAUCUAUCUAUCUAUCUAACACAGUCUGUUCAUCUGCGUCUGUUUAUUUAUCGAAUUAUAUAUCUAUCACCGAAUUUUCCUGUCUGCCUAUCUAUCUAUCUAUCUAUCUACAAUAAUCUUUUCAUAUCUAUCUAUCUAUCUAUCUAUCUAUCUAUCUAUCUAUCUAUCUAUCUAUCUAACACAACUCUUCUUCUUUUUCUCUUCCUUCGACCACGUUUACGAAGCUCUUCUUUCUUUCUUUCUUUCUUUCUUUUUUUAUUUAUCCCCUCCUCAAAUCGACUUUGUUAA